AAAUUUCAGAAAAUGGUGCUUGCUUAUUUUUGUUUUGUAUACGUCUUGGAAAAAAUUUGAAAAGGAAUGGAAUUGAUGGAUAAUUCAGCAGAGUUGUCUAGGCGGUGACGACUGCUCGCGAAGUUCUUAACAUGGGGGGGUUUAAAAUAAAAUUACAUAACAAAUAUUUUUUGACUUGAGUAAGUUUUAAAUGUGGACAACUCGUUUAUAUUCUUAUGUUAAAGGGUAUAAAAACUGAAAACAAAUAUUUAAGUAUAUAUUUGAAGAGAUAAUGAAUUGAAAUGCACAGUUUGGGAAAACACGAAGACACAACUGUAACACGCUGAGCCGCAAAAAUAGUUAAUUCAACUGAGAAAUAUCAACUAUAUUACGACAGCAUUUGUACUGCAUAACAAAGCCGGAGAGUGAAACUUUGGAACGAAGCAUUUGCCCACCAAACACACGAUAGUGAAAGCUUGGUGCUUCGCAAAAGUGGAAGAAUACAGUAAGAGCGAACAUGUAAUGUCCUUUUUUUAGCAUUGAAUUACAUACAUUAAUUUCAUAUAUUUCUUUAACACUUAUCGUUAAUAUUUUCUUGUUUCCAAAUUACGUCAAAAUUUCUAAUUACCCAUAAUCAAAGACAGUCACUUUGCUGCACUUUGAUAAUGAACAAGAAAAUAUGUCGUUAAAAAAAAAAAAUACAUAAUAGUAUUCAAUAUCGUAUAAAGAUUGUUAUGAGUAUAAAAGCAGCAAAAGGCGAAAUUGUAAUGUGAUUUAUUAAAAGGGCUAUAGUUUGAUUUACAGAUAUAAACAACACACAUCCAACGGCUAACAAAAUAAAAUACUGAAAUGUCUUCUAUGAGUCACCGGCAAAAGCGUGAUGUUGGAUAUGAUCACGAUACGCGGAGGGAAGAACGAAAAAGACGCAGCCGCUCCAGUAGUCGUUCGCGUCAUCGUCGCUACAAUGACAGUCGCAGUCGUAGUCGAUCCAUAGAUUAUCGUAAGCGACGUAACAACAGACGUUCCCGUAGUCGUAGUCGCAGUAAAAGUUACAGUCGAAGAGAUAGACACAACUCUAGCCGACGACAUAGAGAUUCUCGUAGUCGAAGUCGUUCUAAUACACGUUCACAUCGUAGUAGCAAAAGAGACUCACGCUCACGCAGCCCAGAAAAGCGUUCACGUAAUGUGAUGGAUGCUGAUCGAAGACAAUAUGAUAACGUAGCUAAGAGUUCUAAAAGUAAUUCAACGGAAAGCAGUCGUUCUAAAACAACAGAUAUCGAUCAGCAAAAUACGCCGGAUCUGCAACAUUUACCUUUACCCAAGCGUGAACCUAUUGGAGCAUAUUACAAUCUCGAUACAGAUGAACCAAUCGAUAAAGAGCGCAUACAUCGUGAAAUGGAAGAGAAAUUGCGACAAGCACUUGCUAAGGAAGGCAAGGUAUAUCCACCAAAAAAGCCCGAGGCUUCACAUCCAGUAUUUGCAAAUGAUGGUUCGUUUUUGGAAAUUUUCAAAAAAAUGCAAGCCCAACAACAACAUCCACAUGUACCAGUUGCCACUGCGCCUGCCAUUGUUGCACCUAUUGUGGCGGCUCCUGUGUUAGCGUCUACCUCAAAUGCAGCCACAUCAAGUAACAAAGUUGUACCACCACCGCCGAUAGUUGGACGCCGGCGUGGUGGAAAAAUUCUUAAAACAGGUGUGGUGGCUAAGCCGAAAGCUCAAGCUGAACAGGGUGAUGACCCGAAAGACUUUUGGUCGCUGUACUUGGCCGAGGUUAACAAGUACAAAAAUCACGCGUGUGAUUCGGACGGCGGCACUAGGCCGCUGGUUAAGUGAACCUAAAUAGACGUUAAAUAGAACUUGAGUGAAAUGAAUACUUCGAGUUUUCCCCAAUAUGACAUGAGUUCUGUGCAUAAAACUAAAAAACAAUAUACAUAUAGAUAUUUAAAUUAUAGGAGUUUAUUUAAAUUGAACUACGAAUCAAUUCCAUUUCUUCGAAUUUCCUGUGAAUAAUUUUCAGUUUAAAGCUAAAAGUAGUUGUAAGUUUUUAUUUUAUUUGUAAGCUAAGUGGGUAUUAUAAUGAAGUAAUAGAAAGAAAUAACUGAAUGAGCACUCGAUCAGCAAAUUUAAACUUUUUUACAAACGUUGUUUGGAAAACAUUUAUUUGUUGCUGUCUAUUACGUCAUAUACGUGUAAACAACAUACAUUUAUUAUAUAGUGUUAUUUUAUGAG